ACAUGGUAUCCUAUUUAUCUAGUAGUAUUUGUGCAGGAUAUCAUCCUCAACCUAUCUUUCGCGUUCUACCGCGGAUGCUUCCUUUAUUAGUAAGCAAGCUUUAUAUUUAUUUGCGUGGUAGACAAUACAUGACAAGGGGCUCUUUCCUUUGUCUUUCUUAGGCUCUCACAAUUGGCUUGUCGUUACAUAGUGAACCCGCUGUUUGUGCCUAUGCUAUGUCCAGGAAAGAAGGAAGACCUAAUAGACCCGCCACACCCUACUGAUUCGCUUGCCCCCUCCAAACAGUUUGUUCUGGACGAUCUUGGUAGUCUACAAUGAGAAAGGCGAUAACUGACUUUUCCACUACCUGUACACUUUCGCUAUGGCUGGCUGAUUUAUACUACUAAAACUACAGCUCCUUCCGUUCGCACUGGUACAAAAUACAUAGCAAUAUCUGUGUAAUUUUUAUUUUGACCUCUACCUUUAUACUGCACCUUUUCUACUCUGAUAGGCGCGCAUAUAGUCGUACGAAUAAAUACGGUUUCGAGAAUAGGUAGCGGCGCCUAUCAGAUGGGCGUUGUUCAAGCUAUGAACUGGUGCAGCGCCUUGUUGAAAAAUUUUUGGAAAAGAACAUCUGGACGCUUGGGGUAACCCGACGCCAAUGAAACGACCGACCGACAUACAAUCGACAAAGGCAAAAGCCUAACGUAGAGAUAGAUCUAGAGACUUAACUUGCCCGUCCCGGUGCUCCGUUGCUCUAUUCACGCGACUAUCGUGGAGAAAAUAAAACAGAUCUUUCUAGAGAAAAGUAAAAGACAGGAGGCAGCUAAGCGGUCGGUGUUUCAUUUUAGGUGUAACUCCUUUGCCUGUUCCAUCAUCAGUUUCUUACGAUAAUAUGGGGACAGUACUAAAGUGUGUGUACGGCGUGUUCUUUGGUGUUUUUAUCCUGACGCACCACUCUAUAGCUUCAACAAAAUCAUCUGAUAACAAAGCGAAGAUUCCUCGUAUUGAUCUUAUUGACAAAGCGGUGCUAGCACUUAAAAGCGCGUUCUUGCGAGCUCUCAAGCAAUGUGAUAGCUCCUGCAGGGCUGAUCGGAAUGCUAAGCGUGUGGACGGAGACAUGGAAGAAGCUACGACGCAGGAGGCCCUCGAACUUAUAGCAAAGCUAAAAUCUGGCCAAAAUGUUGAUUUGGGAAUUGUUAGUGCAUGGUUAGAACAAGCUGGAGAUAUCCAGAGGAAUUACUUCAACAGUGUCUUUAGAUACCACAAAGAUGGCGAUGUGAAAGAUGCCUUGUUCUACCUUGACAUAGGUGAACCUCACAAGGCAGCCAAAGAGCUCCUGUCCAAUCAGCGAGUUCUUACGCAAAUCGUUGCAGACUGCUCGACGUUCCUUGAAACGGCACAGGGCGGCCGUGGCGGAAUCCCGUUUAAGUUACUUUACCAGCUAACAGACUUAACGCCAUAUCAUAUUUUUUUCGGAUGCCUGCACAGCACAACUGGCAGAAAUAAGGAGCCUGCCUGUGCAACAGUAAUGAAGUCCGCGUUCGAAGCCAGUUUUAUCGAGCUCCAGGACACCCUUUCGAAGUUCUUCACCACCGAGAUGAGCGAGGAAGACCUCUUAGGUUUCUAAGAAAUAAAAUGAUGAAAAUUAUUUUGUUCCAAUGUAUAUCUAUCUACACUUAUAGUAUACAUAUAUCUUAAACGUCAAUUUCAUUUUUCAACUGUCUAUCAUAUGACCAUACAUCAUUCUGUUUUAAACACGAUAAAAUUCUACUAUAUUUAGCCGAAACUCAUAAGUAUCGUUGAAAAUUUUAGCUAAUUGUGUAGCUAAAUAAAGUUUCUACUACUCCAAUUUGCUAUGUUUUUCAAAACCUUUUUUUCGUGUGUGUGUGCAUAAUAUGUCUAAUAUUAACUUUCUUCAUUUUUAAUACGUGUGUUGUGGCCGUUAAGUGAAGGCUAAUCGUGCCUAGACAAAAGCGUGAUGUC